AUGGAAGUGCCGUGGAAUUUCAGGUUCGGUAUCGUAAUCUUAGGCGACUCCGCAGUGGGAAAAUCGUCACUCCUCAGACGUUAUACCGAGGGGACGUUCGACGACUCCAGCCAGUCUCCGUUAGGGAUCGAUUUUAAGGUCCAGAAUCUGGAGUUCGACCCCGGCGUGAUGAUUAAAUUGCUUCUGUGGGACACGGCGGGGCAGGAGAGAUUCAGGUCCAUUGCCAAGUCUUACAUGAGGAACUCGGUGGGCUGUGUCCUGAUGUUCGACCUCUCCCAGCGGCAGAGCUUCGAGCGCGUGAGGGCGUGGCACAGCGAGGUGGCGGAGUACGUGAAACCAGCCAUCAUGGUCUUCACCCUCGUGGGCCACAAAAGCGACCUGUUUGUGCGCAGGCAGGUGAGGAGGACAGAGGGUGAGGCCCUGGCCAAGGAGCUGGACAUGGCGGGCUACCUGGAGGUGUCCUCCAAGGAUGACAUCAACGUCAGCCAGGUCUUUGAGACCCUCACCAGGGAGAUCUACCAGCAGCUCCGCCAGGGCAGGAUCGCCAUCAAUGAGGGCUGGCAGGGGCUGACGAUCGGGGCCCCCGUCUGCACCCAGGCCCCUGAAGCGGAGAAACCAGGCUGUGGCUGUGGAUAGAAGGACCCCAGGUUUUUUUCUGUUCUGCUACUAAGCAAUUACUCCAAUACACAGAGGAAGGAUACACAUCCCUGUCCAACCCUUGGCACUCUCCUACAUUGAUAU